UCUUGCGGAUAGAUGCGCGACUCGAUAGAUGCGAUUAAGCGGCGCUUGGAGUCGGCAUUUCCGUCUGCGAGCAAGUAACUUCAUGUCUGGAGCAUAAAGUCAGGCUACUAUACAUCACUCCACGACAUCUGAACACGGCACAUUGUGUAGAACUUCCCUUCCAAGCAUGCCUUCCGACCCGAUCUACUUGAACCAGUACACGCCCCCUCAGGCGCCUCGUGAAGUCUAUGGUGACACCCCUCUGGAAGAUUAUGACCAAAACUUUGUCUUUCCCCCCAAGGUCCUUCGAAGUGAUAGAGUUGAGCUGAGGCCUUUCGUCCCGUCUCUUCAUGCUCAAGCGCUCGCGGAGGGGGUCUCGGCCAAUCCUGAAGUGAUGGAAUGGUUGCCGUAUAGGUGCGAAACGUUGGACGAUGCGAGGCUAUUCAUUGAGUCGAUGUUUCGCUCUCAGCCGUCUGCUCUCUACCACGCCAUAUAUUCUGCACCGCCAGGUGUCGAUCCCACACCUCCGGUGGACGAAUGGAAGAUUGCCGGAUUCCUAGGAAUCAUCAACGCUUCUGCUAAAGAUGCCACUGCAGAACCAGGAUUCAUCAUCAUCUUCCCAAAAUAUCAGCGGACCCACGUGCUCACACAUGCUGCUGGACUCGCUAUGCACCGUAUCUUGGAUCCUGAAUCUGAAGGAGGUCUAGGCUUGAGAAGAUGUCAAUGGUAUACUACGGUCCUGAAUCUGAAAUCUCAAGCUGCUGCCUUGAGGUUGGGAUACAAGCAUGAGGGAAUCAUCAGAGCUCAAAGAGUCUUGCUGGAGGGAUGGCAGGGUUCACGGCCUGGACGUCCGCCUCACGAGAAGAAUCAGGCAAGGGACUCGUGGCUUGCCUCUGUCAUAUGGGAGGAAUGGGAAGGAGGCGUUCGGGAGCACAUUGACAAGCUCAUGGCGAGGAGAUCAUAGGUGGAAAGAUAUGGAACCAUCAUCA